AUGAACUUUCCUGCAGCUUGGAAGACCUUAUCAUACGGAACAGCAACCAACGGAAUCGCCCUGAUACAGUUUGCAUACCUCCAAACAUAUAUUGGCCAGGACGCUUCGUACCAUUCGAAGGGCAUGAUACGAGUCCCAAUGCAGACAACAAGUCUGUUUUACACCAGCUGUGCGAAAAGUGCCGAGAACUUCGAUCUUGGAUCUAUGAAGCACCGGAGAGAAGAGGGAAUCGGCUCAAGCGUAAGCCAUGUGUUCUCCGAAGAAUCAUCAGAAAUGCUGGUUGUUACUCUAGAAAAUAAUUAUGAUCCGCCUUAUGGAGAUGAGUGGGCAUUCAACCUUAGAGUCAAGCCUAAUGGCAUUGAAGCCGACGGACCAGAUGAAUUGAGUGGAAGUUCAGCGCCUCUGGCACCUCUUUCGACCGCACGUCUAGAUACUGACAGGAUGUUCGAACUGCAUGUCAAUAAUUACCCGGUAGAAUACCUGCUUUCUAGCCCCACUUCGAAUUCUACAGCAUCGACAGAGUCUCGAGAAUGGGCCAGGCACAAGUUAAAAGAGUGUUUAUCUAAUCACGGCACAUGUACUCUCCUUCGAAGAGACCCAAAUUUUAUGCCAACUCGACUCCUAGAUGUCAGCUCUGUCAAUACUGACGGGAUUGUUCGUUUGACUUAUCCCACCAGCCAAUGGCCAAAACCACGGUACUUGACUCUGAGUUAUUGCUGGGGAGGAGACCAAAAGUUCAAACUUACCCACGCUACCUAUGAUGAGCUUCAGGUGGGAAUAUCUGUCGCACGAUUACAAAAGAGUAUCCAAGAUGCAAUCAGAAUUACAAAUUGGUUUGAUGUGCAAUACAUUUGGGUGGAUUCUCUCUGCAUUAUUCAGGAUGAGCCCGACGAUUGGGACCAUGAAUCGAAACAGAUGUGUGAGGUUUACCAAAACUCCACACUCACCAUAUCGGCACAGGGAGCAAAAAGUAGUGAACAAGGCUGCUUCGCAUCAAGAAACCCAUUGAUGCAUCUUCCGUGCAAGCUUACAGAAGCGGACAGUAACGGCAAUGCUGUGACUGUCUUUCCACAGAAAUCAACUGCCUGGUGGAGGAAACAGGCGUUCGAACAAGCACCACUUUUUAAAAGAGCAUGGGUCAUACAGGAACGAAUGCUAUCGCCGAGAAAUCUAUGUUUUGGAGAGAUCUUGACGUGGGAGUGCAACCAGGUCUCAACAAGCGAGUUUGAUGAGUUUCUGGGGUUAAGAAAUCCGAACCCAAAAGCUCUCUUGCCUGUCGUGCCACACGUCAAGGGAGAACUACACUCAGAAAAGCCAGUAUUCUCGAUUUUUGAAUUCUGGUCUGAUUUGAUGCGAAGUUAUCCUGCGUCAGGAAUAACUGUUAACAGUGAUCGCCCAGUCGCCGUCCGAGGUAUCAUACAAUACCUUGAGGAAGUCACAGACUAUAUGAACAUGCACGGAUUAUGGAUCCAAUUCUUGAAUUUCGAGAUCCUUUGGCUGGUCGAAAAGCCAUCAAAACUUCAGAGGCUUCAAGUGAAUGAUGUUAGAGCAAGAAAAAAUCAGUCCCCAUCAUGGUCUUGGCUAGAGAUGGCAGUACCAGUCACAAAUACAUAUGACAAAACAAAAGAACUAGAGUUCAUUUGUCGUGUCGCUGUCCUGUCACCUCUUUCAGAGAUGCCGCCUUUCAAAACCAAGCUUCACGUCAGAGGUUUCGUGUUGAGAGCCACAAUCUUCACGUCUAAAAAGCAACAAUUCGACGGUUUUCUAAAAUUCCACAAAGUAAAGUUCUUGCCAGACUACGCAGACUUAAGUCUAGAAAGAGAGAUACUGUUCUUGUUAGUGGCGCGCGAUUCCAGAGAGAAUUGGGGUUUCAAUAUGGCUUUCUAUUAUGGAUUAGCCAUCUGUCCGUCUGCAGAGGUGAAAGGAGCGUACGAGAGAAUCGGAUAUCUUAAAGGUGGAGUUCCACUGUUUAAAGAUGCAUUGGAAGAUCGGCUGAAGGAGAGAGAUAUCUUUUUAGUAUAG